AUGUGCCGGCAGUGCGGGGUGCCCGGUCCCACCUUGCGGGGUGAGGACGCGGCAGAGCCGGUGUCGGGGCAGGGGGGGCUGGCGGGGCACCAGGACGGAGCUGCCAUCACCGACGCGGCAGGUGCCGGUAUCGCAGAGCUCGGCAAGGAGGUGCUGGCCCCGGAGCACCCGGCGGGGACCCCCACCCACGGGCCGGCCCAGGAGACCCCCGGAGCCCCCGUGGAGGAGCAGGGUGGCAUUCCCAUCCCCAGCGCCGGCCUGCUGCAGGUCACUGAGCGCAGACCCUGGACCCGAGCGCGGGAGCAGGGCCGGGAGAAGAAACACCUCAGCGACCCGGAGCUGCCGCCGGGACCCCCGGACGCCUUCCUGCCCGCCGAACGGCCGCGGGAGCCCUAG